AUGCCUGUCCUUGAAACUUACAAAGGUGCAUACCUCUGGAAAUAUGUGCCUAAUUUCGCGGCAGCUGUUACUUUUGGUGUUCUAUUCUUCGUUUUAACCCUGGCGCAUGCCUACCGAAUGCACAGGUAUCGGACGUGGUAUACUAUACCCUUCAUCACUGGCGGCUUCUGUGAGCCCAUUGGCUAUGCAUGCCGCGCAAUAGCAACCUACCAUACAGGCUCCCUCAUUCCUUUCCUCCUACAAGCAAUAUUCCUACUCCUUCCACCGUGCCUGUUCGCCGGGACGUUGUACAUGGUAUACUCGCGCGUGGUACGCGCUACCCACGGCGAACGAUUCUCCUACCUCUCCCCUCGAUGGUGCACACGGAUCUUCGUUGCAGGCGAUCUUCUCUGCCUCAAUAUACAGUCGACCGGAGCAGGAUUUCUACCCAAACCAAAGCUGGUGAAUGCUGGCAACGGUGUCAUUGUAACGGGUUUGGGGUUACAAGUUCUUAUUUUUGCAGGUUUCAUGUGGUGCUGUAUACUUUUCCACCGCAAGUUCUCGCUUCAUCUCCGCAAUUCUGGUCAACAUGUUCAUGUCCCUUGGCAGAGUGUGCUUUGGAUGUUGUAUGGCACUUCUGUAAUCAUCUCUAUUCGUAACAUCUUCCGGCUAGUCGAGUUCAUUGCCGGGCACGAUAGCUACCUGUUCUUGAACGAGUGGCCGGUAUAUGUUUUCGAUGGUGCUCUGAUGCUUCUGGUCAUGAUCAGCUUCUAUAUCUGGUACCCAUUUCAGCUACAGAACGAGGAGAUUGGUACGGAAAGUAUGAUUGAGCUCACGAACGAAGACAAUAGUCCACCGGGAGAUGAGCCAUCUAGAAAAUAA